CACACUAGAUUAAAAAUAGCUUAUCACUUCUUGAUAACUGGUUGGUCUCUCUUUUAUUCUUGAAAAUAAUCAUUAUAGUUCCGACUCUGGUGAAAUGUAUACGUUACGAGUUCACAUAAUUUUCCUGCUUCUUUCAAUUGGAUUUGAGUGGUCUUCAGCCUCUCCUGCUGCUUUUGAAUUGCCAUUACCAGUCUCAUCACAUGUGGGAGAAUUUGACCUGCCAUUGGAAACAUUACAUCAAGAAGAAUUGGAGAGACACGAUGAUUCACAAACAAUUGAUGAAAAUGGGAGAGAACAACAUUUGGACUGCCUGGCUGAGUCAGGCUACAUUCAGGAGCAGAUUUCGCUGAUCACAAAAAUGCUGAGCGAUGGCGAAAAUUUUGUACAGAAGCAGAAGGAUUCGCCAACAGAUGAAACCAUUCUGGUGCUGGGCAGAGCAGGCAGUGGCAAAACCAGUUUGGUCCAGUUCCUGACCGGAAAUCUCAAACUGGAGUCAAAGAAGGUGAGAUCAGACACCGGUGAAUACAUAAUUGAAGAUGGGGAAAAAAUUGGAACAUCGGCCACUGAGUCCUUCACACUCUAUCCUGAGUUUGUCAACUACAAUUCAACUAUCAACUUCUGUGAUUCCCCGGGUUUCCAUGACUCCAGAAGUUCUGCACAUGAAAUUGUCUCCAUGGAUGUCAUGAAGUCUGUUAGCAAAAAAAUCACGAAAGUGAAGAUUUUACUCCUUGAAAAAUAUUCUUCACUUCAAUAUGGUUUCUCAAAAGAUAGUUUCAUCAAUACUCUUCAUCAUCUGAAUGAUUUUUUGGUUGAUAUUGAUAAAUACAAAGAUCAUAUUGUGCUUAUUGCAUCCAAAAUGCCUUUUAGUUAUAGAAUGACAGAUGAGGUUGAUAGCACAAUACCUGAAUUGAUAACAGAAGAAAUGCAUAUUGAGAGCAUUAUGCAUUACUUGAAUCACACUGAAAUAUCUCUUGCGGAAAAGCUUAAUCAGAAAAUAGGAAAAAGUAAGCGUGAUUUCUAUCAGAGAGUGAUAAAGCUACUACAAGGUCUCCAAACCAGAGACAAUACUGGAAAAGCAGCUAGAAUCAGUAUAUUCCGUCGCCCAUACAAGUCAGGGUCCCUUUUCAACAUGUCGUUGCUUGGCAAGAACAAGGAAUCACUCACGAAGACAAUCAUGAACUUGGAUGCUGUUGAGGUAGCCAGCAGUGACUUUGACUUCACAUUGUCCAAUGAAGCAAAAGUGUACCUGGAAUGUCUUUUAAAACUGACAAGUGACAGCUUCAAGCAUAAAAUCAAUGAGCUAUCUUUCAAACUGAAUGAAUCGAUGAUGCAGAAUAUUCAGAACUACACAAGUUUUCAUCAGGUGUUGUCAGACUUGGAAUCAUUCUCCACCGCCUUAAAACAGUUGUCACAAAACCUUGAUGAGACGAAAAAUUACAAUGAGUUUUUUGAAAAAAUUAAUGCUUUUAUUUCAGAACAGAAUAUAUCAUCAAAAAUCAACUACAAUGAACAGAUACAUGUACUUGGGAGAUAUGAGGAAAUGCUGAUGAAAUUCGUUGACACAGAUUCGGUGUUCAGUCCAUCAUCAUGGACGCUUCCUAUUAGACAAAUUAAGAAGUCUGCAGAUGAUGAGUUGCAAUGGUACAGAUCGCUCAACAACUUCAUCGACGGACUUGCAAGCUACAAGAUUCAGAAAAACAAGACAGAAAUCCACUCAACAAUUUUCCAUAAGGGUUCCAUUGUGACAAAUGAACUGAUGAAUCUAUUUGUAGACGUUACUGGGGGAACACAUAUUAAACAGUUCAUCGAUGCACAAGGUAACAGUAAAAGAAGGGCAGAACUUGAGAGUAUCACAAACACCAUGCUUAAUCCGAGUAAUAUUACUUGUGAUGCGAAUGGAAGACUUGUAGUUAAAGGUUUCCAAAUUCGUUUCGCAGAGGUAAAUUCUGAAGCUUUGUUUCGAUCCUACUGCAACAACAUUACUGUGAAAGAAGUUGCACUUCUAGCUGUUGAUACAGUCUACCUGGAUGAGGACACCAAGGAUUUAUUCAGAGGAGUGAAUUUGUUUAUAGCAGCCCCCAAAUGGGAAGUGAUUGGACAAAGAAGGAUAGUGCUUAGUGGUCAGCCUGGACCCCAACAUUUUUGUGGUGAACUUCAUGUGAAUGAUAGCAAAAAUGGGAGACCAGGACUGCCAGGCGACAAUGGUGGAAGCUUCUUUGGAAUUGGUUUGCAAUUUGGGAAUGGUGGAAAUCUGUUGAUUGAGUCAAAUGGUGGUAGUGGGGGGCCGGGGGAAGAUGGAGCUAAAGGUGAGAAAGGGCGUGAUGGAAGAAAUGCGGCUGAAAAAUUAAAAUUAGGACUCUAUGAUCGUAGUUAUGAAUUUGAUAGAGGAGUAGAUACAUGGGAUGUCAAGAUAAGUUUAGCUCCGAAUUCUGUUGAUACUCGUUACAGACUAACUGCAGAGCUUUAUAAAGGUAUUGUUUAUGUUUAUGCUGAAGUUAAAGUUAUCACAAAAGAUGGUGAGUGUGGAGGUGAAGGGGGAGGAGGUGGUUUUGGCGGAGAAGCGGGAAUGGGAGGUCUUGCAGGUGAUCAACAGCUUAUUGAGUUGAGUGACCCAUCUCAGAUUGGAAUGCAGAAUCAAAAUGGCAGCAUAGGCGACCGUGGCAAAAUGGGAGAUACUGGAGAUCGUGGUAAGGAUGGCAUUGGGAUGAUUUGUGUGCAAGUGAAGAGGGAAAACUUUUUCUCAUACUGGAAAUGCAAACCAACUAACACCACAUCGCCAGCAUGCAAUACUUGCCAAAGAGGGGCUAGAGCUGAUGAACACCAGUACAUGACAUCAGGAAUUGAGCAGCCAGCGCUCAAAAAGUCUCCCGACUUCAGUUACUACCUGCUCGACUACACAGUUUUGCUCAGAACUCACACUAAUCAUAUCAUUUUCAAUAAGAUUAUAACUGACUUUCAAGAAGGAAUUCAAAGAAAAUUCGCUUACUCUUUAAAUGACUUGGGAUUGUUGUUUUUCAAAGGAAAAAUCAAUAGGAAGUUCUGAAAAAUGCCAUGAAAUGUAAUUUAUUAUUACAAUGUAGGAAGUCAUAGCUGGAAAUUGAGAUUAUAAAAUGUCAUUAUUAUAAAGAUGAUUCUAAUUCAACAUAAAUAUUUGAUAUAUUAUUAUACAAUAAAUAUCAAUAUCUUUUAAUGCAUA